AAGAUCCAGUUAGUUUCGCAAUCAAUAAUAUUCAAGAAAGUGAAUUACAAAACAAUAAUUCAAACUUAGCCAAAAUUACCUUACCAAUAUCUUUAAAUUAUAAUUCUAAACCAGAACAUAUAGGAUUAUUGGACAUACCAUUUUUUGGCAAUUUAAUUUUCAACAACGAAUCAUUAAAUCUUGACCAGUUAUUCCCAGAAAAAAUCCAAUGCACAAACACUAAUGCAUUGAAUAAUCCUCUUGGAAGAAAGACCCGUAUGGUUGAAAUCCCCAAUUAUCAAGAAGAAAACCAGAAACCCGUUAGAUGGCUGGAAGAAUUCACCCGGGUCUGCAAUACUAAUGGAAUCAUUAAUGCCAGAAAAUUAAAAGUGGUACUUGUGUACCUUAAGG